AUUUCGGGCGCCAGCGACAGCGUUGAAGUGAACCAAAAAAACCAAUGAUAGUGUCUCUAACAAUCGUCAAACAUUCGAUUCGAAAGUCGGGCAGCAAAUCGCGGUCAAUAUGGAUCAACUGGUUUGGCUUUCGUUUUGCAUUUCACUUGGAUUAUUGCUCCUGGAACUGCCCAGUUUCACCGCCGGCCUCCCGUUCGAGGAUGGCAACAAUAACAACGUCAAGAUCACCCGCCGCAGCUUGGAGCUGACCCAAACCAUCAACAUUCAGCGGCAGGAGUACCUGCAGCGGCAAUGCGAACUCCUGGGGGAGCACACCCAAACGCUGGCGGAUCUCAGCGAGCUGCAGAUGGACCACAUGAUCGUGGACAGGGAGCACAAGCUGCUCUACUGCUAUGUGCCCAAGGUUGCCUGCACGAACUGGAAACGGGUGCUGAUGAUGCUCACAGACAAGUGGCACAACGGAACCGAUCCUCUGCAGAUUCCGGGCAGCUUAGCUCACUCGGUGGGUAUGUUUACCAAGCUGUACGAUUUAACCGAAGCGGAGCAGCAGCAGGUUCUCAGUGAGGAGUAUACGCGAUUUAUCCUGGUGCGACAUCCCUUCGAGCGGCUACUGUCCGCCUAUAGAAAUAAGUUGGAGGGUGAUUCUCCCAGUGCCCGGUACUUCCAGUCGCGAGUGGGACGUCAGAUUGUUAAGGAACUGCGACCGGGAGCCAGUAACGAAUCGCUGGAACACGGUGACGAUGUUAGCUUUGGGGAAUUUGUUAAAUAUCUGGUUACUCCAGAGCUUAGUCGAGCCAACCAAUCCGAUUACAACGAGCACUGGGAGGUUAUAGCCAAGCUGUGCAAUCCCUGUGUAAUGAAGUAUAACGUAGUGGGCAAAUACGACACUCUGCUAGACGAUUCCGCCUUGGCCUUGUUUUUGUCUAAAGCCAACAAUCUAACAUUCCCCACCGGCCACAAGCCGUCGAGCACGCGGGCCAAUCUGCGCACCUAUUUCGAUCCGCUGCCAAUCGGCGCCAUACGCCAGUUGUACGAAAUCUACGAGGAGGACUUCCGGCUCUUCGACUAUGCAUUGGACGACGUCCUGGGCUUUGAGUUCGGAUGAUAUUGCUCUCUCUAUAUUUCCAAGUCACCACCAUAACGCUUUCCACUGGAAAAGAUUGUGAUCUUAGGCUAGGAUUCGUAGAAUUUAGUGCACUCCAACGCGAAUAUUAAUUUUAAUAUAUAUACCUCCCCGCGCACAAAUGAUUCCAAGGGUUUCGAUUAUAGGUAUUUUUAAUGUUUGUUUUCUAGGAUUAAGUUAAAUUAGGUAGGAACUAUGUAUUUUGACAUGAUCAAAAUAUGUCAUCAAUUCGUAAUGUAAUUGAUCAAAUAGCAUUUGAAAUAAAUGUCAACGGUUCGAUAAUCUUAA